UUUAGGUUUUGUCAAGAUGGAAGAAGCUAUCCGGAGCAUGCUGAUGCGGUUGAAACAUCCCGGGUAUGUGGUGGAUUUCUCUGUCGAGGAGACGCCCAUCGUCGAUCCUGUGACUGAGAGGGAUUACUUCCCUGUGAAGAUUGAUAUAGAAGAUGUUCAGGGCUGGGUUGUCAAAGGAGGGCAAUACUUCCCUCCUGAUGAAAAAGGUAUGCGGGCUCUGGCUCUCUUUCUGUGGGAUGAUGAGGAGCAUGUAUAUGUGAGGUAUUUGGUCCAGAAGGUAUCUCCAGAAGGAAAAGUAUUGGAAUCGGUGGACCAAACUAGUGGCACAACUGACUAUGAUUGGCGAAACUAUUCUUGCUUAUGGCAGGAGAGUCAAGAUGCAAUUUUUGCAGAGCUUAUGGAAUUGAGUGCAAAAGGGUAUAGAGUUAUGGCAUAAGGUUUUUAUGAAUUCGUGGUACGGUUAGGGUUAAGCGAUAAUAAUAAUAUCAAUAAAUAUAAAAUUAUAGAAA